AUGUAGGCCUUUAUUUUCUGUUGAAGAAGAAAGGAAUUCAAAAUUUGAAAGAGAGAGAGAGAGAGACAGAGAGAGAGAGAGAGGUGUUAAGGGAUGGCAACAAGAUCAAAACCAGGGAAUAUGAAUAUGAAAGGUUUCUACAGGCAAAGGAAAAGCAGUAGCAUCGGCGGUGGUAUCUCCAAGAAGAACAAAUCUCAAUCGACCACUCACCCAGCUGCUGCCUCUUUCGGCUCGGAUGUCACCCAACCCACCGCACUUAUGUCACACGCUUCUCUAGACCUCAAAGAUGAUUAUGAUGAGCAAGAAGCGCUGUUGAGGCAAUUUGAUAUGAACAUGGCAUACGGACCAUGCGUUGGGAUGACCAGACUUGAAAGGUGGGAGCGUGCUUGCAUUCUGGGUUUGAACCCUCCUAAGGAAGUCGAGAGUCUUUUGACGGGUGGCAAAGUUUGCUGUGAGUGCUUGUGGGAUGGUCGCAUUUAGAAAUUACCCUGAUUUGUGUAUUGCCCUUGUCUAAUGUAUAAGGUUAAAGGAAACGUUCAGCAUCUGCCCAAAACAAGUUUUUAUAAUGGACUGAAUCUCUUAAAUCUAUUUUGUGCACAAGUUUUAAUUUAUAGUGCUAUUGAUGCCUAACCUUA